AUGGAUGAAGAUGUGGCGGAGACGUCGUUUCUUCGAAUCGAUGAUGCAAACGAUGAUGAAGUCUAUCCGUCACCAGCUAAAAAAUCUCAUCGAAGCAUGAGCAAUUCGUCAUGGGAUCCAGCUUUACGAUAUGAAGAUGGGAAGAAACCCACCAAAACCCCAGCCAGAUACGCGACAGCAUUACGGAAUGCGGUUCCAGCAACUGUACUAACCAAUUGGUCAUGGGAUCCAGCUUUACGAUAUAAGGAUGGGAAGAAACCCACCAAAACCCCAGCCAGAUACCCGACAGCAUUACGGAAUGCGGUUCCAGUUAGAACUGAGAAAGGCGCUAAAGGUUGCGCAAAAAUCGAUCAAGCCGGCCUCUUCUCUUUCGUCACUUAUGGCUGGGUGUUCGAGUAUUUGUUGCAAGCAUUUAAAGGCAAUUUAUCUGACAAUGCUUGGACAUGUUCAAUAUUUGAUGGAGCUAAUGCAAAUCUAGCUAGAAUGGAGCUUUUAUGGAAUGAGGAAAUAACAACGAAUAAGAAUGAUCCAAAAUUGUGGAAGGUAGUGUAUCGAUUUAUGAAAACGCGACUCUGGUUUUCCUGUGCCAUCUUCACAUUUUGUUUAGUUUUUGGAUUCAUUGGACCAACUUGUUUCGUUCGUGGACUUGUUGCCUUUGCUGAGAAACCAUUAAACGACAACAGUGAUCAAAUCGAUUAUGGAUUUGGCAUUAUUCUCGCUUUUUCUAUUCUUGCUGUCGAAUUCGCGCGAGUGCUAGCUUAUGGAGCGACUUGGGCUGUCUCCUAUCGAACGGGGAUUCGUGUACGAUCAGCUGUACUUGGACUUCUCUUCAAGAAACUUAUCAACUCAAAGACCACACAGAAUAAUAAAGCUGCUGAGAUCAUCAACCUUUUCGCCAACGAUGGUCAACGUUUAUUUGACGCAGUCACUUUUAUGCCAUUAGUGCUAGUCGGUCCAUUUGUGUUAGUUGGAGGUAUUAUUUACCUUCUCAUUGUCAUUGGUCCAUGGUCUCUCACCGGUAUUUUCAUCUUUUUCUUCUUUGAUGUUGUACAGUAUUUUCUUGGAAUGACAAUGGUGAGAUGCCGUGAAAGAGCGAUCAAAAAAACUGAGAAUCGGGUGACUCUAAUGGGAGAAAUUGUGCAUCAUAUUCGUUUGAUUAAGAUGAACGCGUGGGAGGAGAAUUUCAUUGAUCGAGUGGAAAAGAUGAGACACGACGAGAAAGUUGAUUUGAGAACAGCUGGCUAUGCUCAAUCUUUGGCAAUCGCUUGUGGACCAGUUGUACCCGUUGUGGCUGCUCUUCUAACCUUUUUAGGAGUUGUUUUAUCAGGAAACGAUCUGAUGGCCAGCGAUGCUUUCAGCGCAAUCACCGUCUUUUUCGUGAUGCUUUUUGGAAUUCGAAUGAUUCCAUACGGUAGCAGAUACUUGGCUGAAGCGGUUGUCGCUUUACGAAGAAUCGGCGCUUUGUUGCAAACAGAAAAAUGGGAUAAUUCCGUCGCGCAAUGCAGUAAUCCCGAUUUGGCUGUUGUUUUUAAAAACGCCAAUCUCAACUGGGCAUCGAAUUUGGUGAUCGAAACAGGGAAAAGACCAGUUAAACAACAAGAAACAGAACCAAUCUCCAUAAAACGAGAUCAAUUCACUCUACAAAACAUCAAUUUAUCAAUAAAAAAGCGUGAACUCGUUGGCAUUUGUGGUGGAGUUGGGAGUGGAAAGUCAGCUUUGUUGACAAGUAUUAUUGGACAUAUGCACUUUGAGAAAGGUGAUUUGGAAUUAGGCGGCUCUGUCGCUUAUGUUUCACAAAGUGCAUGGAUUCAAAAUGCGACUUUUCAAGAAAAUAUUCUUUUUGGUUUGGAAAUGAAUGAAAAUCGAUAUUUCAAAGCUAUCGAUGCCUCACAACUUCGAAGAGAUCUAGCAACGAUGCCGGCUGGGGAACACACUGAGAUCGGUGAACGAGGAGCUACACUAUCUGGUGGGCAAAAAGCUAGAGUCUCCUUUGCAAGAGCUUUAUUCGCAAAUCGGGAUAUUUACUUGUUGGAUGAUGUGCUGGCAUCAGUUGAUAAAAAUGUAGCUGAUCGAAUCUUCAACCAUGCUAUUCUCGAAUAUCUUAAAAAUAAAACCAUUCUUAUGGUGACAAGAGAUGUAAAAAGAUUAGAGAAAUGUGAUCGAGUGAUUUUCUUGGAGAAUGGGCAAAUUGUUGGUGAUGAUAAGCAUGAAAUACUGAUAAAAGCAUGUGAUGCAUAUCGGGAAUUCUGCGAGAUUUCAAAGCAUAACGCUCCAUUGGUGUCAGCUCACGAUGAGUAUGUGGAAGAGAAAGAUGAUGGGACUUUAAUCAUUCAUGAGAGGUCAUCAACUUCAACCACAUCUCCAACGAGGUCACAAUCGAGAUCUGUUGUGCACAAAGAUCAUGAUUCAACAAAAGUUGUUCAAGACGAAGAGGAUCUUGGGCUAGCCGCAAUGUCGUGGAAUAUUUAUAAAGGCUACGUGAAAGCAGCUGGUUCUUUCCUUGUUUGGGCCGUUCUCAUAUUCUCUUUCAUUCUCAACGUCGUCGCAACUCUUUUCGCUACAUAUUGGUUAAGUAGAUGGUUGAAGAAAGGACAUGGAGAAGAACUUGUGCACGAGAAUGGAACUGAAGUGUUGCGGGGUCAUACAUCAAUGGCUGACUCGCCAGACACUUCCUUUUAUGCAACUGUUUACGCAAUCUCUUUGGUGAUUCUCGCAGUCUCAGGAUUGUUUAAAGCGUGGAUGUUUGUAAAGGUUUCUCUAAACGCCGCUUCUCGUCUUCACAACAAUAUGUUUAAAGCAUUGAUGCAUGGUUGUGCGCUGUUUUUCGAUCAAAAUCCAACUGGAAGAAUCCUCAACCGAUUCUCAAAAGACAUGGAUGAAAUUGAUGUGAAACUCCCGUUCUCAAUCGAGGUGUUCUUGCAGAACAUGUUCACAUGUAUCGGCUAUCUUCUAGUAAUCGCUUGGGUAUUCCCACAUUUUCUCUUCGCCGCUGUCCCACUCUUUGGAAUCUUUCUACUGUUUGUCAUGUGCUUUAGAGCUGGAAUCCGAAGUUUAAAACGAUCAGAGAACAUCUCUCGAUCACCAUUAUUCGAUCAUAUCACAGCUUCAAUUGAGGGGAUAUCUGUUAUUCACAGUUAUGGUCAAACAAAUCGCUUUUUAGAGACAUUGAAGCAAAGAUUAGAUGCAAAUAGCGGUUCAAUGUUCAUGUUCCAAUCAGCAAUGAGAUGGCUAGCUGUUUGGUUGGAUCUUCUCGUUGUUGCAAUCACUUUCGUUGUUGCUUUGUGCAUUGUUUUACUUACCGGAAAAGUUUCUCCAGCAGACGCUGGAAUGGCCAUCACUUUUGCUAUUCAAAUGUCUGGUAUAUUCCAAUUCGCUGUGAGAACUCAAACAGAGAUGGAGGCUAAAAUGACAUCAGUUGAACGAGUUGUCUAUUAUGCUCAAAAUAUCACAAAAGAAGGUGAAUGGAAUACGCUGAAAGGAACUGAUGUUCCAAGUGGAUGGCCAUCAAAGGGACAAAUUGAUUUUGCUGAUGUUAAACUUCGUUAUCGUCCAAACAUGGAAAUGUCACUUAAUGGAAUCACUUUCACUAUUAAAGCAAAGGAAAAGAUUGGAAUUAUUGGAAGAACUGGAUCAGGGAAAUCUUCGCUUGCCAAUGUCCUUUAUCGGCUUUAUCCAGUGAGUUGGGGUCAAAUUUACAUUGAUGGAGUUGACAUUACGACAAUUGGAUUGCACACGUUGAGAAGAUCUAUGGCAAUCAUUCCACAAGAUCCAGUCCUUUUCGCUGGUUCAAUUCGAUCAAACCUUGAUCCAGCUGGAGUCUUCACUGAUGAACAAAUUUGGAUCUCUCUUGAGAAAACUCAUAUGAAACGACAAGUACAACGACUUGAAAAGGGAUUGGAAUCUGAGGUUAUUUCCGGUGGAGAGAACUUCUCGGUCGGUGAGAGACAGCUGCUUUGCAUGGCACGCGCCUUACUCAUGAAGUGCAGAAUCGUUGUACUCGACGAGGCAACGGCUUCUCUUGACGCCAACAUGGACAAAUUGAUUCACCAAUGCUUACGUGAUUGCUUAGCCGAUUGUACAGUUCUCUUGAUCGCUCACAAGUUAGAGAAUAUUGCUGACUGUGAUCGAGUACUUUUGAUGGAUGAUGGACGGAUGAUCGCUUUCGAUGAGCCGAGCCUUUUACUGAAAAAAACUGGAGUCGAGUUGAAGAAAGUCGUUGAAGAAGAUGCUCCACUUCCGGAAGAAACAAUUCGACAAGCUCUUGACUCAUCAAUCAUCAUCAUUGAAAAUGAUGGCACUCAAUCGUUAGCCUCUGGUGAUACAACAGCUACACCAAGAAUAGAUCAUGAAAAAGCGAUUGAAAUCGAAGACGUGUCAAAUAUCUCGGUGAAAUCGUUGGAAUUGGUAAAGACUCCAUCAAGAGAAUCACCAGUUAUGAUCGAGAAAGAACAAUCAUCACAAUCAGAUGAUCCAGAUGUGGAAAUAGUUGAAGAUGAGGAUGAGAAAAGGGUUGUCGCCUUAGAUGAUGAGAAGAAGAAUUCACGAGAAGAUUCACCCACAUCAUCGACAGAAGAUCACGUAGUUGUGAGUGAGAAAGAUCUCGAAGAUGAAGGAGAGAAAGAAGAGAAAGAAGAGAAAGAAGAGACACGACUUCUUGAGAAGAAGAAAAAAGGGAAAAAGGGAAGAAAACAU